AUGGCUGUUGGAAAGAACAAGCGUUUAUCUAAGGGUAAGAAGGGUAUCAAGAAGCGCACAGUCGACCCCUUCACUCGCAAGGACGAGUACUCCGUGAAGGCUCCUUCCACCUUCCAGACCCGCGAUGUCGGCAAGACUCUGGUCAACCGCACCAGCGGUUUGAAGAACGCCAACGACUCCCUCAAGGGCCGUAUCUUCGAGGUCUCCCUCGCCGACCUCCAGAACGAUGAGGACCACGCCUUCCGCAAGGUCAAGCUCCGCGUCGACGAGAUCCAGGGCAAGAACUGCCUGACCAACUUCCACGGUCUCGACUUCACCACCGACAAGCUCCGUUCUCUUGUCCGCAAGUGGCAGAGUCUGAUUGAGGCCAACAUCACCGUGAAGACCACUGACGACUACCUCCUCCGCCUGUUCGCCAUUGCCUUCACCAAGAGACGCCCCAACCAGAUCAAGAAGACCACCUACGCCGCUUCCUCCCAGAUCCGUGCCAUUCGCAAGAAGAUGGUCGAGAUCAUCCAGCGCGAGGCUUCUACUUGCACUCUGUCUCAGCUCACCCACAAGCUCAUCCCCGAGGUUAUUGGACGUGAGAUCGAGAAGUCCACCCAGGGCAUCUACCCCCUGCAGAAUGUCCACAUUCGCAAGGUUAAGCUCCUGAAGUCCCCCAAGUUCGAUCUCGGUGCUCUCCUUGCUCUGCACGGCGAGUCCGCGACUGACGACAAGGGCCAGAAGGUUGAGCGUGAGUUCAAGGAGACCGUUCUCGAGAAUGUUUAA